AUGACUAUCGACCCACCAGAGCUUCUCGAGAAGCUGAAGAUCAACGAUGCUGGUGCAAACGGAACAUCGAAGGAAGCAGAGGACUCGGACGACGAUGUCGCCGAAAACACCCCAGCAGUAGCUGCCGAGGACGGCACUGCCAAGAAAAAGAAGAACAAAAAGAGAAAGCCCAAGAAGAAGCAACCGAAAGUCCAGACCGACCCGCCAUCGAUUCCCCUAUCCCAGCUAUUCCCGAACAACUCCUACCCCAAGGGCGAGGAGGUCGAAUACAAGGACGAGAAUCGAUAUCGCACCACCAGCGAGGAGAAACGACACCUCGACAACCUCAAUAGCGACUUCCUCUCUGAUUACCGUCAGGCCGCUGAGGCACACCGUCAGGUCCGUCAGUGGGCACAGAGAAGCAUCAGGCCGGGUCAAACGCUCCUUGAGAUUGCUAAUGGCAUCGAGGAUUGUGCGCGACGUCUGGUGGGUCAUGAUGGUUUGACUGAAGGCGACUCUUUGAUAGCCGGCAUGGGAUUUCCCACGGGUUUGAAUAUUGAUAACGUUGUCGCCCAUUACAGCCCUAACGCCGGCUGUAAGACCGUGCUCGCGCAGAACAAUGUCCUCAAGGUUGAUAUUGGCAUUCAUGUAGGCGGUCGAAUUGUUGACAGUGCCUUCACAAUGGCGUUCGAUCCUGUGUAUGAUAACCUACUCGCAGCUGUCAAGGAUGCAACGAAUACUGGGGUGCGUGAAGCGGGCAUCGACGUGCGGGUGGGAGAAUUAGGAGGCUACAUUCAGGAGGCGAUGGAAAGCUACGAGUGUGAAAUCAACGGCAAGACUCACCCGAUCAAAGCGAUUCGCAACUUGUGCGGCCACACAAUCCUUCCGUACUCUAUUCAUGGUACCAAGAGUGUCCCAUUUAUCAAGUCGAACGACAUGACAAAGAUGGAAGAAGGGGACGUCUUUGCGAUCGAAACCUUUGGCAGUACCGGUAGUGGCCGAUAUGUCGAAGGAGGCGAGGUCUCCCAUUACGCCCUGCGCGGCGACGCGAACAGAAAAGACUUGACUCUGUCUUCUGCCAGGUCCGUCUUGACAGCGAUCAAGAAGAACUUUAGCACGAUCCCUUUCUGCCGGCGCUACUUGGACAGGAUUGGACAAGAGAAGUAUCUCCUCGGUCUGAAUUACCUAGUAAAAUCCGGAAUCGUGGAAGACUAUCCCCCUCUGAAUGAGAAGCAAGGAACUUAUACGGCCCAGUUUGAACACACUAUCCUGCUUCGACCAACCGUCAAAGAGGUCAUCAGUCGUGGGGACGACUACUAG